UAAUUUCAUCCGUGAGACAGUGGCAGAUCAGCAAGUCAUUUCGUCGCGGCGGCGGUAGAAGUAUUUCUAUACACAGAGAUCUGCAGAUGGGUCAGGGUCUGUGGAGGGUGGCGAGGAACCAGCAGCUGCAGCAGCAGUACAGUGAACAGUGCUUCCUCCAGCGGGACAGAGAGCGAGACCGGAGGGUGGGGCCCCCACUGGCUGAGCCGCUGCAGCAGCGCCGCACACCACAGUGUCAGGUGUCCGGCACCGACAUCAGCCAUCUGCUGCGCGUCCGCAAAGGCAAAGAGGAGCAGGGCUUCAUCGAUCUUGAGAUGAUGCCUCCCGAACUCAGCAUCACCAUCCUCUCCUACCUGAAUGCUACCGACCUGUGCCUGGCCUCCUGUGUGUGGCAGGACUUGGGCAAUGAUGAGUACCUGUGGCAGGGCCUGUGCAAGUCCACUUGGGGUCACUGUUCCAUAUACAACCGAAGGCUUCCAUCUGGAUUUUCAUAUAGAAAACUCUACAUGGAAUUAGAUGAAGGAAGUCUAACCUUCAACGCCCACCAGCAAGAGGGUAUCAGUUACUUCAUGUCCAGAGGUAUUCUUGUGGACCACCCGAAGGAAAUUGCCAAGUUUAUAUUCUAUACCAGAAUGCUGAACUGGAAGAUGCUGCGGAUUUAUCUUGAUGAACGGCGAGAUGUCUUGGAUGAGCUUGUCACACUUCAUAACUUUAGUAACCAGUUCCUCCCUAAUGCACUGAGAGACUUCUUCAGACACAUUCAUGCCCCGGAGGAGAGGGGCGAGUACCUGGAGACCCUCAUCACUAAGUUUUCUCAUCGUUUCUGUGCCUGCAACCCCACUCUGGUGCAGGAAGUGGGCUUAAGUCCUGGUGUGUCAAUGACCAGCCCUCACGUAAAGAACAAGAUGUCCAAGAGGGAGUUUAUCCGAAACACACGGCGGGCUGCUCAGAACAUCAGCGAGGACUUUGUAGGGCACCUCUAUGACAACAUCUAUCUGAUCGGUCACGUGGCGGCCUAGGCACUACAGCACUUGACAUGUUAGAGAGAGACUGCUGGCACGUAAAACAUUAGCGACUGCACUAGGAAGGAUUCUGCUUGAAACUGGAAGAAACACUGUCAGAACUCUGCAGGUCAUUUUAAACUGAAGUCUUGUGAGUGAAGCCCUUGAUAUGAUGUGCUGCAUUGCAAAGGAGUGGAGGACAGCCACAAUGUGAAGAAUCAGCAAAGCAAGUCAUUUGUUAGCAGGCUAGCAAUGGUAGCGACAAGGUUUAUCUACCACAACCCGCUUAAACAUGCAAAACCAUGUAGCUACAUGAAGAUAUAUGAGAUAAGCUAUGAAGUCAGUUAAAUCUGAAUGUAGAAUUUAUGGGGCCUGCGUCAUAUUUACAAAGACAUCUAUUUAUUUUUUUUCCUCAUUCUAAUUUGGAAACCUCUCAUGCGUAUCAAAUGAAUGUCAGCUUUUUUUGCCAUAUCUACAAAAUUCAGGCAAGUCUAAGACAUUCAGUCUACAGUCACUGUGAUAUCAAAGAAUUGACAGACUAAAACAGCACACCUAUAAUAUUGAUUAUGAACAAAAGCAUUUUUUUAAUUUUAAUUCUGUGUGUACUUUUCUUGUUUUAGGAGGCUUUGUGUCUGUGCAUUGUCACAUGUCUCAUCUUCCUUGAGAAGACUGAAAUCCUGUGAGACAUUGUAUGCACUGAUUUUUUUUAUUAUGUAUAUUUCAUAGGUUUGGUACCUUUUUUGGUCCUCUUCCUUUCUACAGUUUUUUUUUUUUGAUGUUCUUUUUUGUGUUGUUGUUCAUCACAUUCUGUUAGACCAUUUUCCAAUCAUAUAAAUGAUAUUAACACAAAUACUUCAUAUACAAGCAAAUUAAAUCAGCUAUCUGUUUCAUCUGAACAUCGUAAGUAUGUUCGAGAGAAGCCUUUUCUAUUUCUCAGAUAAUUCAUUGGACAUCAUGUCUUUUAGUUGAAUAUUUACUCUCAGCUCAUAAAUGUAGGUAUUUUUCUUUUUUCUUUUAUU